CCAGUUCCACAUGGCCUGCGUUGACCCUUGGCUGUUGAAGAACCACUCAUGUCCAAUGUGCAAGAUGGAUAUUCUGAGAUAUUACGGCCUGACUGUGGUGACCGGAGAGGAGGGCAGACCGCAGCUGGAGGUGCAGGACGAGCCUCCGCCACCGCCACCGCCACCGCCACCGCCACCGCCACCUCCGCCUCCAGCCGCCGCCCCGUCGAGUCCGCACUCGGCGGCAGCGGCGUCGUCGCGGCGCUCCACAAGCUUGCACGCGGUGACGGCCGGGUCGCAGUGCGCGCAGCUCUCGCCGUCCUCGCCGUCCAGUGAAGGCUCGCUCCGGCGGCAGGCCGCCGUCAUCGUCGUGCACCGGGACGGCGGCCACGAGUCGUUCACCUAG